CAUCAACCUUCAAUACUCACAUCACCAGCCAGUUAAUCUGACCAAGGAACUGCAAACACAACCAAACGCCAUGGCUUCAAAUACAGUGGACAAUUCAAAAGAGACCGCUUUCCUAACUUCCCUGCUGGGUCGAACGUUACGCAUCCACACAACCGACAAGCGCAUGUUUGUGGGCACUUUCAAAUGUACCGACAUGAACUGCAAUGUGAUCCUCUCUACUACCUUCGAAUACCGUUUCCCCAGUCAAGCCGCCAUCCAAGCCGCGGCAGAAACAGCAUCGACGCAGUCCUCGGACAAAUUCAAAUUGGACAUGACAAGUCGGCUUAUCGGGCUAGUUGUGGUGCCCGGGCAACAUAUUACAAAGAUUGAGGUCGAACAGAGUGCUCAGGAAGUCCGGGUUGAGCCUGUGCAAGUCGUUUAGAAGGAAACACGGGUUUAUAAACCCACCUGGGUGAAGAAGACCGAGGGAAUUAUCCGGCCGAUGCAGGAAGAUAAAUAAUGCAGACACUGCAGCUCGAAAGCGGAUGGCCUAUAUGGGCUUUUUGAAUGUUAGGAAAGAGUCUUCGGCCAGCUUACCGAACACGAGUUCAUACACCGAAAACGACUCGUGAAGGAUUGGGCAUUUGUAUUCUCCAAUGUGGAGACAUGUUCAUUUCGUGCUUUCCACCGGCCAAUCAAACCUAAAAGCAAGACAAAGGCAUCAUCUUAGCAGCCUGGAACAGCCCAAGCAGCCAAUCUAUGGCUAAGUAGGCCAGCUCACGGGGGCAAGCACAUUGCACACGCAU